AUGUCUAUGAAUUCUGUUAAUUUACGUUUAUAUGUUACACGUAGGCUAUCUAAAAGGCUGGCGUGUGCGCCGCCCCGGAUUUCUAGAUGUACCUUCUCAUUGUUACCAUUAACAACAACACAGACUCCACAAAUUCCUGCUGUGCAAGUCAGAUCUCCUUUGGAAGAGUAUCAGAGACUAAUUAAGUUGAAUAAAUUGAACGAUGAUCCAUACCAAAGAACAAUACUACGUUCUUUGGGUUCUUUACAUCAAAAAUUAGUGGCAUACAACCCAAAGCCUGUGGAAAAACCAUCGGUUCUGGAUCAAAUUGGCUGGAAAGCCAAGCUAAGCAAGCGAUUUAACUUUAAAAAGAAUUUUAAAUUCGAAUCGCAUGAAGAUAUUCCUAAUGGCAUUUAUCUUUAUGGUGAUGUUGGGUGUGGAAAGACUAUGCUGAUGGAUUUAUUUUACAGUUGUGUUCCAGCCCAAUUAUCAAAAAAGAGAAUGCAUUUCCAUCAAUUCAUGCAGCAUGUGCAUAAGAGAUCGCAUGAGAUAGUAAAAGAAUUGAAUUUGGAUGUCCUGGGUGCGGAAAAAGGUAUAGAUAUCGAUCCAAUUCCCUUUUUAGCAGCCGAAAUUGCUCAAGAGGAUAGAGUGUUAUGUUUCGAUGAGUUUCAAGUUACUGAUGUAGCCGAUGCAAUGCUGUUAAGAAGACUGUUGACGUUGUUGUUGUCAAACGAGUAUGGUGUCAUUUUAUUCACCACUUCAAAUAGAGUUCCAGAUGACUUGUAUAUAAAUGGUGUUCAAAGAGAAAGUUUCCUCCCUUGUAUAGAGUUGAUUAAAAAAAAGACAGAGGUCAUUUUCUUAAAUUCGCCGACCGAUUACAGAAAAAUCCCAAGACCUAUGUCAUCUGUUUAUUAUUUCCCUCAUCCUGGUUUGAAAUAUCGUUCACCAGAAUGUUUGCUUCAAAGAGAAAGUCAUGUCAAUGCAUGGUACAAAUAUUUUGCACAAGAUCAUCAUGAUGAACACGAAACACUAGAAACAGAAGUGAGACCUGAAAUCGUGCAUAAUCGUAAAUUAACUACAUGGGGGAGAGAAAUCAUCAUCCCAAAGGGAACCGUCAACAGAGUUGCCCAGUUCACUUUUAAACAAUUAUGUGGAGCACCACUAUCGGCUGGUGAUUACCUAACACUUGCCCAUACUUACAAGGCAUUCAUAGUGACUGAUAUACCGUACCUAUCGAUAUUUGUCCGUGAUGAAAUCAGAAGGUUCAUCAUAUUUCUCGACGCUGUAUACGAUGAAGGUGGUAAACUAGCCACAACGAGCGCUGCCCAAUUCCCGUCAUUAUUCGUACAACCAAAUGAUAUUUUAAACGAUUACGAAUUAAAACCAAAAGAAGAACGUUCAGUCGAAAACAAUGAUUUAGACGAAAUAAAUUCAUUAAAAUUCGCAUCAGAACAUGGUUUCUCAAAAGAAGUUGCCAAAAGCUCCCAAAUAUUUGCAUUAGAUGAAGAAAAGUUUGCUUUUGCUAGAGCUCUGAGUAGAUUGUCUCAAAUGAGCUCCACCGGUUGGGUCAAUAAGUAA